AUGGAGGUUAGAGACAUCUCUCCUUCCAAGCUGACAUAUGCAAUUUUAAUUAAUGCUUAUGUUCCCAUGGAGGACACGGGCAUUCCAAAUUCAUCUCUCUGUGGUGAAGGUCUUCUGUAUUCCUUUCAGUGGCUCUCCAGAUGCAUUCCUAUCAUCCUUUUGUUGUCUGGUUGUUACAUGCAACACCAGCUGAGAGUUUCUACCUACAAAACCAAUGCUCUAGUCAGAAAAUGGGAUAGGGUAACCCAACUGCGGUCGCUUUUAGUUGCUUCUGAGAUAAUCAAGUUGCUUUGCUGCUCAGGCUACCUAAAGUCUUCUUGCAAGAAGUUGCUUGUUGAUUUAUCACUCCAAUUUACUAAAAUGCUGGUAACGGUCAAAUAUACCGACACAGCAAUGAUGCCUAUGAUUUGGACUAGUUUAGCUAUCCGUCGCAAAUGGAGCAAUGAAAUGGGGCGACCUGCUGCUCGGAUUCCUUCUGACAUCUGUGCAGAUUAA